GCUGCAGCCACUGUGAGGAUGCGAGCACUGGCGUGGGGUGGGACAGGAGCUGCUGCGCUCCCAUGGAUGGUGCUGCUGCUGGUGUUGGUGGUGAUGUCAGUGUCCCAAGCAGCCAUCCUGGAAGUAAACGGAAACCUGAGCUGUAGGUGCGUAAAGACAACUUCAGACUACAUCAGCCCUAAGAGAUAUGACAGCAUUGAAUUAAGGCCCAUGGGAAGCACUUGCAGGCGCACAGAAAUCAUCAUUAAACUGAAAUCCUCAGCGAAAGUGUGUGUGAACCCUGAGGCCCCUUGGGUAAAGAAACUGCUGAAGCGCGUUGCCGGCAUGAAGAAAAGAUAAGCUUCCUGCUAAGGAAGUUGGUGUUCGGAAGGCAUGGUGUGUUCUGUCUUGAGACCUCAAGUCAAAUAAAAUUUGGGUUUUUCUUCCCUUGUGUUUUCCCUUGAACUGAAUUUUAAGGGACUGCAUUGAGCGUUGAUCAACCCCACUCGUGUUGCUUUCCUGGUGAAGAAAUCACUGCCGCCUGUGCCUGGUGCUCUGUGAUUGAUAUCCUUUCACAGAGGGGCUUUGUGCACACAGUAUUGUUGCCGUAGAUCAGGUGUGUUAGGGGAUGGGGGCACAAGCUUUCUCACAGAUUCAGCACAUGCAGCCACAUCCAAGUGCAGGUGUUCACAGUGAGUAUGGGGUUUGCA